CUGGCUUCGGUAUUCAUUGAAGAAGAAAUGAAACAACUCCAAAACAUUACUUCUUUCUCUCCUUCUUUAUCAAUUUUUCAUUUCUUACGCAUACAUGCUUAUAUUGUUAUUUUCUCUUUUGUAUUUAGGCGUGCUUUAAACUGUGUUAAAUAGUGAAAAAUGUCUUUUCUAACUACUUUCAUUUUAUUCUCUGUUUUCACUUGCUAUUAUUAUUUGAACAUUGGAAUUUAUCAUUUUUUAUGUUGCUUACAAUGGGUACUCUGCGUCCGAUAGCACGAAAUAAUUUGCUUAUGUUCUUCUGUUAAAUUAUCAAUAAAAAGUUUAUACAAAAACGUGAAAUACUGUAGAUAAACGAAUUCCGAUCGAGAUGUGAUUAGCUAGGCGGGAACAAUUGAGGUCUAUAAUUUACGACUGUAGACUGAUUCCAUCAGAGAACGUCGUUCUUAGAAAAAGUAACAUUCUUGAAAAAUCCAGCAUAUGUUUCCCACAAACCUUGGUAUGAAAAGAUAGUUAGCGAAAGACUGAAUAAAAUACUCUAUGAACAAUCCGUAUACAUCAUUUCAAUACGAAGAAAUUAUUUUUACAACAGACGAAUUGACAUGAAACUCGGUAUCACGGAUGUUUUAAGUAUUUGUUUCGCCAUUUGCAAACAAGGAUGCAACUUGUAUUUGAUAUAGAAAGAUAGCCCUUGAUCUGCUCUACAAAAUUUUUUAUAAAGAACCUUUAACCAUCAUUGGCUGACGAGUCACUUAUAGUUUCUACAAGAGGCAAAUUGCACUUAAAAAGACGACAUCAGCGAUGUUCUAAGUACUUUUUCCUCCAUAUAAAAACAAAGAUCCGACUUGUAUUUGAUAUAGAAAAAUACCCACUGAAAAACUGAAUAAAAUGAUAUAUAUAUGCGUGACUUCACUGAAAAACAAAAUUGUACUUUUGUCUUUUCACAUGUUCUGUGCAGCAUAUCAAAUAUUAUAUACUUCCGUAUAUACCAGAAAACGUUUCUUAUAUGAUACACGUUUUCUUCUCAUUCGAGCAACACGCAGAUAUGCAUCUUACGAAUCUGAUAAUAAAAAACGUUAUUUUUUUGUAAUUUAAAAAACAGCAUAAAGAUGCUUUUCUUCGAUCUACUGCUCGUAGCGCAGUGGUUUUCAGACCAAGUUAAAUACAUUUUUUAGGGUGAGAUCAUAUGAGUUUUUUUUCCAGAUUAAUAUAAAAAAAUUCAGCAUUUCCAGGGUUGAAAUUAUCAAACGACUCAUUGAAAGUCAUCGAUGCGUAUCUGUACUAAAAAAAUUAUUUUACUGAAGGUUGCAUAUUUUUAUAUAAGAUGCAUAGAGUCAAUGUGGUUAAUAAGAACAGACUUUUUCCCACUUGCUGACUUGCACGCACGAAAAGUAUUUCCAUAGUUUCUGGGUACAUCUGUUUAGACAUGGGCCGGUACUGUACUGGUUUACUGUUAUCAGUAAGUACUAGUAGUGAUGAGUCCUCACACUGAUCAGUACUGGCACCGGUGCUUAGUGGUACUUGUUAAUACUGGUCCUAAUAGUUAUUACUGCACAUUUUAAGUUUUUAGAAUAACUAGCGGUUGUUAUAGUGGAAUGAUAACCUCAGAGUAAGUAAUCUCACACAACAAUUGAAAGAGAGACAGUAAAACUGUUGUGUAUUCACUUAUUUUGAGCUGAAUCUCUAGUAGAACCUGAAAUCAAUUGCACCAUGUUCCUGACGAGAAAGCCGAGUAAAACAUGGUAAAAUUCAUCUCAAACUACACUUUUCAGAGGGGGAAUUUUCUUGCUCAUGAAACUUGUGCUUUUUGGUACUAUUAUAAAUAAGAGUUAAAACUUGAUAAUUCUAAAAUUCUUACUCAUUAAUAAAUUUAAAAUCUCGGCUAUUUGUACCAGAUAUGACGCACGUUUGUAGAAAAUUUAUAUAAUUUAUUAGGAGAGAAAAGCACCAAAAAUUAAGCAUGUCUUUAUUGUGCCCAGAUUAUUCACUCAUUUUUCUAUUCCGAUAUUUAAAAUAACAUCGACUCAGAUAAUAAAAGAAAGAAUCGAAAAAACUGUGCCAUGUUUAUGCCAAUUGAAAGCAGAGAUAUGCAGUAGACAAGAAUCUAAAAGAGAACGUUUGGAGAACGCAAUAUUUUUUAGAUUGACUAGAGAACGCAUGAAGAGCUAACGCGGAAUAAGGUAACACUUGUAGAAUUAACAUAUUUAUAAAAGUUGUAACUGUAAAGUUUGUGUAAUGCCUAAUCAUCAAUACACAUGGUUUGUGUUCAUUCUACAAGUGUUAACUUCUUAUUCCGCGUUAGCUCUUCAUGCGUUAACUUUUUUACCUAAAAGUACCGCGUUCUCCAAAAAACAGAAACGUUCUCGUUUUAACCUGCUCGGUGAUUUGCAACAAGAAGGUUUGUACCUGUAGCUCAGCCACCAAGGAACGUUCGUGAAAACCUUUUGGUACUUUUAGUCAGUUUGAGGAGUUCCGUCGAAUGGCAGUAUCUGUUUAACAAAAAAUUUGUCGACGUUUUCGACUUCCUGAGAUCCCUUCCAGGUAGAAUGAAUUUCUCAAAGCUCAAAAUGGAAUAUAUUUUUAUCUAAUGUUUUCCCUCAAAAAAAAAAUACAAACUUAAACUUUACUGUUAGUCAUAUCCAUUUUUCUUUCCAUCUGAUAUAUUUUCAACCGAUAUAAAAAGAAAAAAAAGCUGUUUGUAGAAUGGAAGAGAAAAUGGUAGAAACGAGAAAAUUGUAAUUAUGAAUAAGGACGAUAAGGUUAACGAAAAAAAUUAUAAGAGAAAAAUAUAACGUGCAUCAUACUUUUUUUAGCGAUUUGACUCAUAUUUCAAGAUUCUGACAAGCUAAGACAGAGAAAAGAUUUUUUAAUCGAUAAAUACAUGGCUGGUGUAUGUGCACAAUUAUUAUUAUGUUUAAUAUCUAUCGUUUUGCCACCAUUAGCAGUUUGGAUUGCACGUAAUAAAAUAUGUAGUUGUAUGGUUUGUAUUAAUAUACUUUUAACACUGUUAGGCUGGGUGCCAGGUGUUAUUCAUGCAUGGAUCGUUAUAUGUUGCUGCGAUAAUCUUAAUUAA